AAAAGAAAGAGAGAAAGAGAGAAAGAAAGAAAGAGCUGAUUCCAGUCCCAUUUGCUUUUGUCAUGAUGUAUAUAAAGUCCUGUCCUAGGGUCUGUUCCCUACCCCAUCUACUCUCCUUAGAUCUUUUUUCUUCUGCCAAUGAACAUUUGUGUCAGAGGAAGAAAGAGAUCCAGAUCAAUGUUUUUUAAACUGUAGGUAUCAUCCUUUGAGUGGGUGUUCCUCAAGUUUUAACAUGAAGUGGAACGGAAUGGAAUAGAAACUAACAGAGAGCACUGGACAUCAUUAGAAUAAAUAUUGUUGCCUGAAACUUUUGAUUCAUUUGCAUAUAUGUAUGUGUGUGCUUAUGUCCUCAUACAAACAUUUGUGCAUGUAUUGGGUCUUUUUGCAAAAUGCAUUUCCCACUGUGGGUCACAGCUAUAAAAGCAUGCACACUUCUGAAUGCCUAGUGUAAAGACUCUCCCCAAGCCAUGUUUCUUAUGGACCUUUAACCAGCUUCCCUUACUGGGAAACACAUGGUCCCCACAUUUCUCAGCCACACCGCACCCCAGAUAAGACACCAUAGUUGAGGGCUCCUCCUGGGACUUGGGAGUUUGGGCCUCAAAUUCACCUCUAGUAAAACAGAAGAUGAUUUGGGGGGAACUUCUGAUGAGAAAGACAGCCAACUUAGAGUGAAAGAAGGAAACGCGAUCACACAGUUCCUGUGGUUACCAGUCCUGCCCCUCCCCACAUCUGCUUAGAAGUUAUAAAACCUAAGACUGGAAAGUAAAACCAGUAGCUUCCCAGGCAGCCUUUCUGGGAAGAUGCAUCUCCUUCGUCUCCCUCUGCUGCUCUUUAUCCUAUGCUCCAGAGCUCAGGCUGGGGAGAUCAUCCAGGGCACAGAGUGCAAGCCACACUCUCGCCCGUACAUGGCCUACCUGGAAUUUAACGAUUUUGAGGGUCGACCCAGGUAUUGUGGUGGUUUCCUGAUAAGGCAGAACUUUGUGCUGACGGCUGCUCACUGUGCAGGAAGGUCUAUAACAGUCACCCUUGGAGUCCAUAACACAAAAAAGAAAGAAAAUACAUGGCAGAAGCUUGAAGUUGUAAAGCAAUUCCCUCAUCCAAAAUAUAUUGGUGAUACUUUUCCCCACGACAUCAUGUUACUAAAGUUGAAGGAGAAAGCCAACCUGACUCUGGCUGUGGGCACAGUCCCCCUCCCAUCCAACUUCUACUUCGUCCCACCUGGGACAAUGUGCUGGGUGGCUGGCUGGGGAAGUACAGGUGUCACGAAGCCAGGCUCAGACACUCUGCAAGAGGUGAAGCAGGAACUCAUGAAUCCCAAGGCCUGCAGCCACUUUCAAAAUUUUAACCACAAUCUCCAGCUGUGCGUGGGCAACCCCAGGAAGAAACACUCUGCAUUUAAGGGAGACUCCGGGGGCCCUCUUAUGUGUGCUGGGGUGGCCCAGGGCAUCGUGUCCUAUGGACAGAAAGAUGCAAAGCCCCCUUCUGUCUACACCCGGCUCUCUCAUUACCGGCCCUGGAUCAACAAGAUCCUGAACCAUAAUUAACCCUGGAGCCUGGGCCAGCAAAAGAGAGACUCUGGAACUGGACCUGAGCAGAGGAGUUUAUCUGCGCCACUCAUUCUGGCCCACUUCUAGUCCCUUGGCCACAUCUCUGAGCCUGCAGAAGCUUCCUACAGGUCACAGAACUCUCAAUAAACCUCAAUAAAGACCCAACUUCCAGUCAUGAGUGUGUGUCAACUAUCUGGUGUUCUUUUCUUUUUAACUUAGUGACCUGAUUCCCAGCCC